AUCUCCCUGUCAGACGCCAAAUGGAAGUAAACUAAAAAAUGGUACACUCUGAUACCUCAUCGUACUCCUAGUCUCUCUCUCUCUCUCUGUGCGUCUCCACAUAGCCUUGACUAGACCCGACUGCAUUGUGGAGCCGAGCUUCUCGCGCUGAGACAUGGCGGCCGCCCUAGAAUGCUGGUCGAGCCGGGCCAGUACGGACGAGGAUAUGGUGGAGCAAGUCCUCAUGAGGACCAGCGACAGAUCGGAAGGCACGCCGGAGAACGCUUCGUCUUCAUCCGAUGCUUGCUCCGCCUCCGCCGGAGGCCUCAAGGAGUCGUCCGCGAUGCAGAAGCGGUUCCAGAAGCUGAGCCGCAACGUUUCCGAAGCCAUUGCCUCGCUCAAAAACUCGCUUAACCUCGACUCGGUUCGCGAAUCGCCCGCCCCGUCUCCCACCGGCCGUUCCGAGACCUGCCGGAAGCUCGUUUGGGCCGGCGUUGUGCGGAGCCUGACUCAACUCUACCCCGGCAGCCAGCUCCCCGAAAAGCUCGUUUCCAACAUUCGCAAGCAUUACGAUUCUUUGCCUUUAAGCUAUGCGCAAGCUGGGUUUGAAAUGAAGGACGUGUUUCUACACAUCAAAUUGAUAGAGCAGGCGUCAAUGGAGGAUCACCCAGCGAUUAUGAUACAAGAGGUCUCUGAUGAAGAAGUAUUCAGGCUCACGUUUGCUUGUAACUCUUCUAUUUCCUGGCCAGCCAUGUCCGGGGCACUUGAUAGCGCCUCGAUUUGUUGUAAAAAGAUACAGAUCUUCGAGAAGAAAGGGUUCACAUUAGGGGUUGUUUUGCUUUCAGUUCAAUCCGGUCAGGAGAAAAUGUUCAGAACCCGGAUCGAAAACGCUAUUAAAUCCGCUCUCAAGAAGCCAAAAACUAUGAAGCUCCCUUUCGGGCUUUGUGGGUGUCAAGAACAGAACACUCGAGGGAGAGAGGUUGGGGAGAUUGAGGAGGACUGCAAUCAACCUAAUUACAAGAAUGGAGGCGGGAAUUUAAGCCCGAAAAUUCAGUUGCAAACACCUUUGCCCAGUUCUUCAUUCCUAGUAUCUGUGGAUGAAUGGCAGACAGUGCAAUCUGGUGGGGAUGAGAUUGAGAAGUGGCUUUUGAGUUCCGAUAUCCUCGAGUUUAGUGAUCAGACUGGACCUUGCACAUUCAAGGGGGUAUGCAGGGGGAAGAAGGUUGGGAUUGAGAAGCUCAAGGGGUGUGACAAGGGGAAUGCAUAUGAGUUCGAGCUUCGACAAGAUUUGUUGGAGUUGAUGACUUGUGAACACAGGAGCAUACUGCAUUUUUAUGGCGUGUGCAUUGAUGAAAAUCAUGGAUUGUGUGUUGUGACUAAGUUAAUGGAAGGCGGAUCGGUUCAUAAUUCACUCUUGAAAAACAAGAAGCUUCAGACUAGAGAAAUUCUGAGGAUCGCCAGUGAUGUGGCCGAAGGGCUUAAGUUCAUGAAUGAUCAUGGAGUUGCUUAUCGAGAUCUUAAUACUCAAAAGAUCUUGUUAGACAAAUACGGGAAUGCUUGCUUGGGUGAUAUGGGAAUAGUGGCUGCUUGCAAUAGUACUGGUGAAGCUAUGGAGUACGAAACUGAUGGGUAUAGGUGGCUAGCUCCCGAGAUCAUUGCAGGUGACCCCGAAAAUGUUACAGAGACGUGGAUGAGUAAUGUAUAUAGCUUUGGGAUGAUACUAUGGGAACUAGUAACCGGUGAGGUUGCAUAUUCCGCCUAUUCGCCAGUGCAGGCUGCUGUUGGAAUUGCUGCUUGUGGCCUUAGACCCGAAAUCCCCAAGGAUUGCCCCCAAAUGCUGAGAUCUUUGAUGACGAAAUGUUGGAACAAUUGCCCUUCAAAGCGUCCUCAGUUCUCCGAGAUUUUAGCAACUCUGACACGUCCUAGCAAUAAUAGCAACAAUAAUACUAGGUAGUUAGAAUUAAUAAGUGCGCAAAAGCAGAAAAUGAGAAUGAGACUGGAAUGAUGGCAGACCAACAGGUUUGAUUAAUUUGGGGGCUUUUGUAUGUAGCUUUUUUCUUUUUUGAUUUUGUGGUGGGUAUCCCCGGGCCCCGAGUGAAUGACCUCAGGUUUUUGUGUCUCAAAAGAGGAGAUUAUACUAUACACGUAAUCCUUUCCUUUAAUAAAGCUCCAACUUUUAUCAAUAUGGACCAGCUUUUCAAGGUGGGUUUGGAUGGAUAAAGGAUUUAACCUUGAGAUGUAGAAUUCCAAAUCUGUAACUUGUUCUCUUUCUGUUUGGAAUUAUUAUCGGUGCAUUUUCCAACUCCAUAGAAUGUAGAUUAAAAGUCAAGGGUCCAGCAUAUACAGUGCAAGUCUUUCCUUGGAUCUGUCGAAUUAGGUUUCUUUCUUUUAGCUGUCACCUAAAAGAUUCAUGCACUGGUGUUCCCACCAGGAGGCUCGGCCUGUCUUCUUGUGACAAGAGAUCUCCUGUUUCCUAACCAUCAAUAGUGACAACCUUGUCUCUAGCCUUCAAAUUCAGGCAUUUGUUUCGAUUCAUGAUUGCAGUAACCUAAGAUCUUCUACUCCUGUAUCGGAUUCUCCUAGGUUGAGAAAGCGCGUCCUAUCUAUAAUCUGCACUAGCUGUUCAUAUUCUUCAGUGGUCAAUGAAGGUUUCUGUUGUGAGAAGGAAUGCUUUUGAUUUUCCUGUGUUUGAAUACAGGUUUUGAUUUCCAUUGUUGAGACUGAAACAGGUUCUGUUCUGUUUGUAGUUUUGUGUGGAAUUCCAGUUUCUGUAUUCUCUUAUCUCCCAGCCACUUCUUUUGACAUCCUUGUAUUUUUGUUGGUCUUUGUUUGAUUAGGGAAAAAUAGUGUUGGAAAUGUUUCAUUAAAGUAAACUUUAUGUCUUCACUUGGUCAAAGAUCACACAAAAUUAUUUGUCAUUAGCA